CGAAGUGGGUGACCGGUGUGGUGAUGGAGUUGGUAAUAGUGAAGGCUCGAGCCCAACUGAAUCGUCUCGUGUCGGAGAAGCGGAGGCGAGGCGGGGGCGAGGGCGAGGGCGCGCGGCGGCGCCGGCGCAGCAUGGCGCACGCGCCUCGCUCGCCCGCGCCCUUACUCGACGCCGCGGGCUUCAACGCCUCGCUGUACAACGCGUCGCGCUUCAACCUCACGUACGACGCUGACUACGACCAGCUGAACGGGAACGCCACGGACGACGAUAACCACUGGUUCUGCGCGAAGUGGACCAACGCGCAGCAGGACUUGUUUCAGGCAGCGAAUCUCUGCUUCGCGAUCGCAUUCCUCGCGCCGAAGAGCUUUAAGCAGAGCAUCCUCGUGCUGCGCGCGCUCGCCUGCGCCGGCGCCGUGCUUAUGGGCAUGUGGGCCGGCGCUGAGGUGUGCGCACCCGACGUUCUGGCUUGGAGUCUGGCGUUAGUGUUCGUCAAUUCUGUACACACUAUCUUCUUGAUCAUAAGGUUUCUUCCCCCAGCGCUCUCGCUGGAACUCACCGAGCUGUAUCUCAAGCUCUUCAAGCCGCUGAAAGUGAACAAGAAGCACUUCCAAGAGCUGACGCGCGAGGCAAAGGUGCUGCGGCUGGAGCCGGGCGAAGCGUAUGCCGUGGAGGACGUCACGCCCGCGGAUGAGAGGCUCUCAAUACUGCUGAAGGGGAAAAUGCGGGUCAGCUGUGACGAGACGCACCUGCACUUCAUCCAGCCGUACCAGUUCAUAGACUCGCCGGAAUGGGAGGCCAACCGCGAGCAAUCUGAUGACGUCUUCCAGGUGUCCGUGGUGGCCGAGGAGGUGUGCACGUGCGUGUGCUGGCCGCGCAUGCGCCUGGAGCGCGUGCUGCGGCACCGGCCGGCCCUCAAAGUCGUGCUUGAUUGUCUCAUAGGAAAAGACAUAACCCUCAAGCUGUACUCAGUAAGCGAAGGCCUAAGCGCAGGACCGUCAGACCGCGACGCCGAAACGUCGCAUUUGACGCGCUCGGCCAGCGUCGACGCUGUACAUGAGGGUACGCGGGGACGCCUGCGCAGCCUCGCGUGGCGUACGCGCUCCACCAGCAAGAGUAAUCACAAAAAUGUCUCUUUUACAGGCAGUUCAUACUUCCAGCCAAUGGUGGCGCGCCAGUUCCUCAAACAGUCGCCGUUCGGGCGCGGCGUGCCGCGGCUGCUCACGCAGGCCUCCUCAGCGAGCCUGCAGCCGCCGCGCCGCCGCAGCCCGCCGCGGCGCGCGGCCUCCUUCCGCCGCGGCAGGGAAGUCAAGUUUGCUGAGGCAGCGCACGAGAUGGUGUGACAAGGGCCGCGGCCCCAGCAGGAGCUGGAGCCGCUGGUGACGCCUCACUCUUCGCCCCUCACACCCGCGCGGUACCCCUGACCGAGGAGCGAGCGAACGAUUUGCACCACGGACUUUUAAAGGCUAUCGCAGUGGAACUGUGAGAAAUUAUGUUAUAGAACAGACGGAAAUCUCAAAAUUUGUUACAUUUUGCUUAUAAAGAUAUGUCCACGCCACCAGUAAAGUUUCACAUUCAAUUAUUUGCUAUUCAGAUCAUUGAACUAUGAUUACUACGUACAGAAUUGGCAC